AUGGUUAAAGCUGACAUUGAAGAUGGCUCCAGCUCGGACGGUCAUGAAACAGCCAAAGAAUCAUCGGAAAGGCCUUCCGUCUGGAAUCGAUUCGGACGACAUUUCAAGCGAUGGUGGUGGUUGUACUUGGUAGCCUUUUGUUGUUUGUUUUUGAUCAUAUUUCUACCCAUUAUCUAUGUCGGGAUACCUCACUUUGCUAACGACUACAUCAACAAUCACGAAUUCAGCUACGAAGGACUCGCCAUCACCAACCCAGGACCCCACUCCUUUCAAGUCACUCAAUUCGGUUCGUUGAAUUUGGGAGGUGGUUUGACCAGCAGCGGGCAUUUAACGGCCUUCAACGCCAGUCUGCGGGUCCCAGCAACUGAAAAAGAGUUCGCGGUCUUUCCGUUCCCCCGAAUCGAAUUUGGAUAUGAAUCAACUCUCAACAUCGACCACGACGUUGACAUAUCAUGUGUGGAGUGUUUUUCGGAUUUGGCUGUCGCGGCAGUCACCAAUGAAAACUUUGGGUUGCUCGUUACUGGGCAUCCAGGUCUCAAGCUCGGGGCAUUUCCGACAGCGCAUUUAGAUAUCCACAAAUUGAUACAAAUGAAAGGUACAGAGCCUCCUCCGAUGCUGUUAAUUGGCACAAUCUGUGAGCAUUAUGAGACCAAGUUGACAUUGAUUCUCUCGUUAGGUUUCAACACUACCGGCUUCUUGAGCUCCAAUGGAAACCUCAACAUUAUACAGCUGAGCCUAAUGAGCCCCGCGGUCAACGGCUUCAACGUAAAUGCCACAAUUGCCAUGAGAACCGCCAUAGGGUUCACCGUGGAAAUGGGACAUGUCACGUUCAAUCUGACCCUCAAUGGCUCAAAGUUAGGGUAUCUUGACGUACCGAAUCUCAAACUUGAACCGGAUCACACAAGUGCUGUCGUGCUCGGGUACAUCGACGAGUCAAUGCUAAUACGGGAGUUCAUUUGGGGUAAUGGAGACGGCGCGAAUGUGGUUAUUGGGUUCAAGGGCCAUGGAUGUGACUAUAAUGGUGUGGAGAUUCCAUAUUUUGCCGCUGCCAUUAAAGCCAUUGAUGCAUCGGUCACGGUCAACCUGCUACAAUACAUCGGUCUCUUGAAAUAA